AUUGCCAGCAUUCACGAGCAUCUUAUACAUCCUAUGAUGGUGUUACUGGUGGCGCAAUUAAAGAUAUUCCAGAAGUAUUUCUAGCACCUAAAAUUGAAAUAAAUAUAUUAAAUAGCAAUAAAAAAAUCAAAAAUCUGUUAAAAAGUUAUACUUUACCUGUUGAUGUUUUAUUUUCUCUCACACCAGGUCAAAAUCUAUCUGAUAAAUCUAAUUAUACAAUUCUCAGCUUGGCGUAUAAUCUAUUUACACCUGCUAGUUAUUCUAUUGACAGACAUCCUAAUGCUAAUUAUAAGGAUCAAAAUAGUUUAUUAAAUGAAAAUAUAUCUGUUUAUAUUUCUACA